AUGGCUGUCAAGGCCGACAAGAAGUACAACUUCGACGCCGUCAUCGGACCCAACGCCACUCAAGCACAGGUGUACGACGUCUCAGCCAGACAUGUGCUGGAUGAUGUGCUGGCAGGUUACAAUGGUACUAUCUUUGCCUACGGGCAGACUGCUUCUGGGAAGACGUUUACUAUGGAGGGAGCGCUGAAGGACAAGGAGGGACAGGGAACCAUCCCCCGUCUCGUUCUGGAGUUAAACUGUUUUGGUGAAUCUGUAAUCGCCUAUAUUGAGAAGACUCCAGGCUGGGACUUCACAAUCCAGAUAUCCUACUUCGAGAUCUACAACGAGAAAACCAGAGAUCUACUCAACCCGAAGACAGGCGAGAAUAAUUUGACAGACGAGAGUGUGUCUAAGCCGAGUGAGGUCAUGAACUUCAUAGAGAGCGGGAAGAAGAAUAGGAGUAUCGGACAGACCAACAUGAACGAACACUCCUCCAGGUCCCACUCCGUAUUCCUCAUGAACAUCGGUCAAGAAAACAAAGUUAGUGGAGAAAAAAGAUCUGGUCAGCUGUAUCUGUUCGACCUCGCCGGCAGCGAGAAGGUGGGCAAAACAGCUGCGACUGGUCAGACGUUGGAUGAGGCGAAGAACAUCAACAAGUCCCUCUCCUGCCUGGGAAACGUGAUCAGUGCUCUCACUGAGAAGGGAAAGAGCCACGUGCCCUAUCGAGACAGCAAACUCACCAGGAUUCUACAACAAUCUCAGGGCGGUAACUCUAAGACGACCAUGAUCAUCUGCUGUUCACCGGCUAAGAUGAACGAGGGCGAGACACAGUCUACUCUGUUGUUCGAGACUAUAGUGAAGACCAUCAAGAACAAUGUGACUGCGAAUGUGGAGAAGAGUCCAGAUGAGUGGAAGCGAUUGUAUAACAGCCAGAUGGCUAAGGUGGGGACUAUCAAGGAACUGGCGCUGAAGUUGUGUACGGAGACCAAGUCUUGGAGGAAAGGCAAGGAUCCCAAAAAAGAAAAGAUCAAAAUAGAGGAUCUGGAGAAGUUGUUGAAUGACUUGGACUGUGCCACAGAUGGGGAGCCGGGGGAGGUGGGGACUGAGAAGGCGGUGGAGGCGGCCAAAGACAAGGAGCGCCUCAAAAGCAAACUCAGCAAGACUUCCCUAGCUGUAGAGGCCGGCAAAAAAGAGUCAAAGAUGGGUAAGGGUUCCCAGAUGGCGACUGUGGCUGAGGAUGGAUCCCAGCCAGCGGAGCAGAGUGAGAAACUGAAGGAGACAGCGGAGAAGAACGACAUUCCAGAAGAUGUUCUUGCAGUCCUACAGGCUGAGGUAUUGUUACAACAAGAAAACUUUGGGCAUGAUUUAGGCUAUUUAUAG